AUGGCAAGGUUGCCGACCAAGAAUACAGCUUAUCGCAUCGUUAACAAAACGAGGGCAAGGCUGUCGAAUAAGCUAAAGAUUGGCGCACCAUUGACAGCCAAGGCCGUUGAAGAAGCCAUUAACUGCCAACGAAAUCCGUGCAUGAGCAAGAAUAAGGCACGCGAAAAGAAGGAAUUCAGGAAAGCGGAGCGAGCGGCAGCGGCAAGUAGCAAGGUUAUCCAGCGGGACCAGAACAUCCUAUUGCGCAAGGCGAGUCAGAGGAAGUUAGUCUCAUUUAACGUCAUCCACUAUCUCAAACAGAGCGACGUCGAGAACUUAGACACAAUUAGAAUGAGUCUGAUUGAGAAGAUCCGAACAGUGGAACGAGUGAACGAGCGUUUUCAGCGAGACCUGCGAAGAACAUGGGCUUAA